UCUUUUAUGGUGGCCAAACAAGCUCGUAAAUGUUUAAAACAACUCGGAAAGACUUAUUUACUGUUUAAAACCCUUCAAACCAGUCGAGAACGUUUGUGAACAACUCUAAAACCCUUGAGUUCUUUCUCUUCAAUGGCGCCCAGGUUAGUAUUCAAGCAAUUCCAGCGCAUGAUGCCUUUCGCAACUUCCCUCACUUGUUCCAGAUGCAUGAUCCACAACGUCAGAAUGUUUUCCACCAUACAAAACCCCCAAGACCAAGCGGAAAAACCUCCCGAGUUCGACUCUCAAUCUGUCAAAAAAAUACACACUCUUCUCACACAACAUCACAGAAAAAGCUCCCCAACAACAUCAGAAACAAAGGAAGAAUACACCCACAAUUUUUUGGAUUCCAAUCUGAGCUUUAAUCUCUCGCAAAUUCCUUUUGAAAUUUCCCCUAUAUUGGUGGAGAAAGUGAUUGAGAAAUGCUGCAGCUCGAGGCAGGGGAUUCCUUUUAAAGAGGCCCUCGCAUUCUUCAAUUGGGCAGGACGACAGGAGGGGUAUUUGCAUAGCCCUCAGGCCUACAACGAAAUGCUGGAUUUGUUAGGUAAGGUUAAGCAAUUUGAUCUUGCAUGGAAUUUGAUGAAUGAGAUGAAGGCGGCAAAUGUUUUGAUUACAGUUAAGACGUUUUCAAUUUUGGUUAGAAGAUAUGUUAGGGCUGGGAUGGCUAGCGAAGCUAUCAAUGCAUUUAAUCGUAUGGAGGACUAUGGGUUUAACCCUGAUUCAGUUGCAUUUGCAAUCGUUCUUGGUGAGCUCUGUAAAAAAAAACAUGUUGAGGAAGCCCAAGGAUUUUUUGAAGGUUUAAGGAAUAGUUUUAAGUCUGAUAUUGUCAUUUACACCACCCUUGUUUAUGGGUGGUGCAGGGAUAACAAUAUCUCUCAGGCGAUGAAGGUUUUUGGGGACAUGAAGGAAGAGGGAAUUCAACCUAAUGUUGUUACAUACAAUAUUCUUAUUGAGGGUUUCUGUAGGGCUAGAAAUUUGAACAAGGCUUGGGAUCUUUUGAGGGAAAUGAUUGGCUGUGGGUGCUCCCCAGAUAUUGUGACCUUCAAUGCUUUGCUUCGUGCACAUGUGAAAGCAAAUGAGAGAGAGAAGGCAUUAGAGGUUUGUAAACGGAUGAAGAGACAUGGGAUUCAGCCUGAUGUUCUUACUUACAAUUUUCUGAUUAUGAGCCACUGUAGUGAUAAAAAAUUAGAUGCUGCUCUUAAGAUUUUGAAUCAGAUGGUUAGCAAAGGUGUUGUGCCAAAUUCAUCAACGUUUAACCUUCUCUUCAAGCACGUUUGCAAGAUGAAUGAUGUCAAUAGCGCUCACAAACUGUUUACUAGGAUGAAGGAAUUGAAAUGUUCUCCAAAUACAGCUACCUACAAUGCUUUGAUGCGGAUGUUUUCUAAGAUGAAAUCAACAGAUAUGGUGUUGGAAAUUCGGAGAGAAAUGAAACAGAAUGCAUGUGAGGCUAAUGUUGAUACUUACAGAGUUCUGAUUGGCACAUUUUGCCAGUUUGGUCACUGGAAUCAAGCAUAUAAGCAUUUUAAGGAAAUGACAGAAGAAAAAUGCAUACAACCAUCUUUGGAAAUUUAUAAGAUGGUUUUAGAUGUGCUGCGGAAAGCAGGUCAGAUACAGAAGCAUGAAGAGUUAGUAGACAAGAUGCAUGCCAAAGGGUUCUUCAAACGCUCUUUGUGAGCUAUGUUGGGAGAAGAGAAAUCUAAAUUUGCUGAUCAAAUAACUAGUGGAAAGGACUAUUUAACAUGGCUCAAUUUUCUUGUAUUAACUAAAAAGUCAGUGAACUGCCUCCAAUUUGCCAUCGCUGGUUCUGGACAGAUUUGCAAGAUCCUUAUCUCUGCCAUUGACAUUUUUGUAGGCAUUCCAUAACUGUUCUGCAUGGACUGAUUCAAGAGUUUGAAGAAAAAUGAAAAGGCGCCCUUGCUUGCUGAUUGAAAUUCACAGCUUUUGUUCUAUAUAUAGUACAGGUAAUUCUGGCUUCCAUUGUAAUUUAUCUUUCUUUGCUCUGUAAAAAGAUUACCAGUUGUUUUUCAAUUGAAACAUCUUGUUUGAUUCUAGCUUGUGCAUUCAGCAAAGAUCUUUUUGUCAUACUGUGAAUUUUGCUACAUUUCUGAGAUUAGGAUGGGCCUGCCGAAAUUCAAAAGCAGUCUCCUGUGAUGGACCUGGCCAAGUCUGUCUCACUGUUAAAGAAAAAGUAAAGGUAAAGUUAGUUUAUCAGGUGACUGCCAAGCAAGACACUGAUUUGGUGUAUCAGUGGUGUCCUCUUAGGCAAGCAUUCCACUAGGGGAUUCUAUUUUCCAUUUGCCUUGUGUUGUUUUGAGACGUACCCUAUUCCUCAGGCUCUGUAUUCAUACAAGUUACCCUUUUGGGCAAGAAUGCUUUGAAAUGAAGAUUAAAUUUAUGGAAUGAAGGUAGUUAUUUGGAUGUGCUGCCUAAAAAGCUAGAACAUUAAUACAAGCAGAGUAUUAGCUUUCUACAUUAUGGGGAUCAAAUUUGCACACUCAUUGGGGUGGUAUGGCAUACACUUUUUUGUAUUGCUGCAUUUGGCAAUUAAGUCGAUUCUUACCUUUCUUUAAUAAUCAAUGGGGUAGCAAUGCCUAAUGGGAUUUACAUUGAAUCUUAGCAGUCCUGAGGCUAUAAUUUUGCAUCUUCAUGAUGACAAACAGAUUUACAAGGUUACAAUCUGUAGGCGUGCAAAAAUAAAACGUACACUCUGUGUAAUUGCACGCACUUGCAAGUGUGCUAGCUUUGGGAAUCGUCUGUAUAAGUUUGUAUCCUUCUUGAUCUGCAUUAUGUGGAUAUAAACCUCUAACAAAUGAACUCUGACCUUGUAUGUAUAUAUUUUAGUUUUAUCA